CAAAGACCAAUACGGAAGACUUGUUAGAUCAUUACCAUUUUAUUUGCGCACCGUUGGACGCGAAAUGUCAUUAUGGAGGUUGACAACGCUUGAUGUAAUUUUGUCAAUUUCACUUUCUAGCUUUAUUUAACGAAAACGCGUCACUCUACGCGGCAGAAAAAGGGCACGUUCACAAACAGAACGCUGACAACCGGAUGUUUUAAAACGAUUGCCAAGAUUGAUCUACGAAGAAAAGUUUUGAAAUCGUGCUAAUUAUUCGUCACGUUUUAUUAUUCCGUGCAGCAAUUAUGAAAUAUCAAGGUUGCUUCCGUGCUGUGUUGUUCUUAGGGACAUUGGUAGGAAUCGCAUCUUCUAUCAAAGACUAUUCACAUGCGAGAAUCUUCAAGAACGGCGAUAUAAUCUUGGGUGGAAUCUUUCCACUUCAUCUGGUCAGAAACAACGACUCCUGCUCGGAUCUUCGUUCAAACAUGUUAAUUUUAUCAGAGGCUAUGAUAUACGCUGUUGAUGAAAUUACUAAAGAAGGCAAAAUUCUACAGAACGUUACUUUAGGGUACGACAUCAGAGAUACGUGUGGCAACGAACAAGAAGGUGUAUCGAUAGCAUCGGACUUUGUCUAUGAAAAUACACUCAAGUUUGACCAAAGAUUUGCUGUGACAAAUAGUUGUCUCGCCGGAGUCACGAAACCGAAACGACAGCCCGUCAUAGCGGUGAUCGGAGGGAUGGAUUCUCGGGUUUCGGUCAACGUGGCAAAUGUCCUCCAAGUAGAAGAUGUACCACAGAUUAGUUAUGGAGCUACGAGUGCGGAACUAGCGACUGCGGAAUUUACUUCGUUCUUUCGUACGGUUCCUGGUGACACCUUUCAGUCACGAGCAAUGGCGGAGUUCAUUGCUCAUUAUCAAUGGACUUGCGUGGCUGUUAUUGGCGUCGAUGAUUGGUACGGGCGCAGUGGGGUCGCAGCUUUCGUCACUGCGGCUAACGAGACCGGAACAUGCAUUGUGCUAAAGGAGUUCUUUCCUGUGCACGAUUCCGAAAUUCAAAUUGAGAGGUUAAUCGCUAGGGUAAAACUUAUGAAACAAGUACAGAUUAUAAUAUUAUACAGUCUGGUGCCUCAGGCGAUUCUGGUGUUCAAGGAAGCCGUCAAACAGGAUUUAACCGGAAGAACCUGGAUUGCUAGCGAUGGAUGGUCCGAUUCUUCUCUCAUACAGCAACCUCGUUUCAAGCCGAUUAUACAAGGUGCAAUAGGUUUCGGUUUCCACGCUUUUCUAUUUCCAGACUUUGAGAAACACGUCAGUGAAGUGACGCCUCUUAUGCACAGGGGAUCGUGGUGGAACGAAUUCUGGCAGAACGAGUUCAACUGCACCGCGGUGAAUUUCACGAGCACGCUGCACGAGCCCUGUACAGGCCAGGAACGAGUCACAGAAGAGAUGUUCCAAGAGCGGUUUAGCCGAGGUGAAGCUGCGUACGUGAGGGAUGCAGUGUAUUCUGCCGCCGUUGGCUUGAGCGAGUUAUUAAAUUGCGACAUUAACGGACCCAUAGUUAGAGGAGACUAUGACGGUCCCAACUGCUCUUCUGCAAACUUGUCUGGGUUACGCUCCGAAGAUCUAUUAGCUAGCCUCAAGAAAGUUUCAUUUGAAGGGCUCACUGGACAAAUAAACUAUAAGAAAGGCGAAGUUGAGGCAACGUACGAUAUAUUUAACCUUCAAGAAACCGAGCAAGGUGGAUUCAAACUUGUUAAAAUUGGCGUUUGGAACGAGGCGAAGGCGCAAAAAUUAAUGGUGCAAGAUGAUGUAGUUCAAUGGCACAAUGGGACGAAGCCUCGUACAACUUGCGGAGAGAUCUGUAAGGCGGGCAGUUACAGAAGUACUCCCAAUCAGUGCUUCUGGGAAUGUGUCCCGUGCGAUCUGGACACCGUUAGUGAGUAUUCGGAAAGCACCGAAUGCAUAGCUUGUCCCGAGGGAUUCAUUUCUAAUCCCAGCAAAACGAAAUGCGAGGAGGUGCCGAUCAAGUUCAUCGAGUGGGGUGACCCGUGGGGAGUGGCUCUGUCAGCUUUGACUGUGUUCUGUGUUCUGUUCACUAUCGUCGUCUUGGCAAUCGUCAUUCAAAAGCGCAAAACGCCAAUAAUUGAAGAAACAGGCGGAUUUCUUAACAUCUUGUUUCUGGUUGUGGCGUUGCUGUCGUUUGCUUUCAACUUUAUCCACCUCAGCAAGCCCUCGGAUUUAAGGUGCCGUGUGUUACCCCCGGUAUUUUACCUGGUAUACACGGGUGCUGCCUUAGUGCAAUUUCUGAAAGUCUAUCGCAUUCGGCAGCUUGUUAAACCACCAGCUCCGCCAGCGACACAUAACAAACAACAGGUGUACAUCAUUGUUGGAAUGCUGUGGACUUUUCUCUUUUUGGUUUCUCUCGCUUGGGUUCUGGUAGACCCGCCGAAACGUGACAAGCAUUUUGUGUCAAGAUUGGUCGUAUAUGGUAUUUGUUCGCACUACCAAACGAGUGUUGGACUUGUUCUUCGUUAUUUCUGCGCGGCCUGUAUAUCCCUUAUCAUUAUUACUGCCAUGGUGGUGGCGUAUAGCACUAAGAGCCUGCCACACGGCCAGCGGUUUGACGAAGCUAAACACUUGGCGUUCUCGUUAACGGUCUUCGCAGUCUCAUUUGCAACGUUUUACCCAGGGUGGGCCCUCAUAAAGGGCCCAAGUUUGACGGUGUUCGCGUGUAAGGCCAAUGUAGUCGCCGCUACGGGUACGGUCCUGUGUAUGUUUGGGCCCAAGCUGUGGCUCAUUUACCGCUUCCCUCGCCACAACACACAAACUUACGUUCGCCCUACACCUUUUCAAGCAAGGGAGUCUAGAUCGUCAACUUUGCUGUCUAUUGGAAAUAUUGCUAUGGUGGUAGUCAACAGCGAAGGCAAAGGAUCGCCAACGUCGGGACAAAGAUAGUUUCUCCUGCUCUAAUUUACUACUUACUGAAUAGCUAAAGGUACUGAAAGUCUACAUACGAGCCAAGUGGCCCAUCAGGCCGGAGCUUAUCCUGGUUUUUGUCGCAUGAAGCGACUAGGAAUAUUUUUACUCCCCCCUGGAUGGGAUGCUAGUCCAUCGCAGGGUUACCCCCCGGCAUUAAAUAUGGCGACACUGCGCCUCCAAAUCUAGGAUGGUAGAAAACCAAAAAUGCAUGGUUAAGGUUAGGUAAAUUAAAUUGAGCCAGUUUUCGCAGCAUCCGAAUCGAAAACUACAGUGAAACCUCUAUUUACAGGACACCCUCGUUCACUAAUACAGGUUUAUUAAGAUGGCACAACAUUUGUUAACGAUUAAGUUUUAAUAGUUUCUCUAUAACAAACGUUCCGAUCGUUAAUCAGCCUAUCCUGAAUUUAAGUUCGUGAGGAACUUUAAUUUACGUUGUUUCUAAUCUGUCCUUUCAUGUGUCUGGGCUUAGACUUAAGGUCGUAAUCCAGUACUGCAAUGCAAAUUCAGUCCGGCGUCCUAGCCUGUAAUGGAGUUUUUUUAACAAUAGAAAUUACCAUUUAAUUAGUGUCUGUGUCCGGUUAAUAAAAGAUUUCCGCCCUGA